GAAGAGCGGCGUGAGGAACGACGAACUAUUAGAUGGGUAAGAAGAAGCUGCUGUCUGGUGCGUCAAGCACGGCCCAUGGUAGUGGAAACUACAGAGCUCCUCUGUUGCAGAACGAGGACAAAGAAAAAGCCAACGGCGAGCACUUGGGCAAUGGCCCUAAUGAUCUGGAGCAAGGCGGUGGAAACGAGGCUGCAAAUGUCGGGUUUGGCAGAGUCUUUUCGUUGGCAAAGCCUGAUGCCGGGAAGCUAGUGAUCGGUACCGUUGCUUUACUGAUAGCUUCUACAACUAAUCUCCUCGUCCCAAAAUUUGGUGGGAUGAUUAUAGACAUAGUAUCCAGAGAUAUCAGGAAACCCGAAGAACAGACAGAGGCCUUGAAUGCUGUUAAGAGCGCCGUUAUAGUCAUUCUGCUGAUCGUUGUAAUUGGAUCGAUUUGCACAGCUAUUCGGGCAUGGCUAUUUUCUUCUGCCAGUGAGAGGGUCGUUGCCAGAUUACGGAAGGAUUUGUUCGAACAUCUAAUGCAUCAGGAAAUAGCAUUCUUUGAUGUCACCAAAACUGGAGAACUCUUAAGCAGACUAUCUGAAGACACCCAGAUAAUAAAGAAUGCUGCCACGACGAAUCUUUCUGAAGCCCUUCGGAAUGUAACGACCGCGUUUAUCGGGAUCGGCUUCAUGUUUACAUCGUCGUGGAAACUAACAUUGCUGGCUUUAGUGGUAGUUCCGUUAAUUUCGAUCGCUGUGAAGCAAUUCGGGCGUUAUCUCCGUGAGCUUUCUCACAAAACUCAAGCAGCCGCAGCUGUUGCUGCAUCGAUUGCUGAGGAGUCUUUUGGAGCAGUUCGGACGGUUAGAUCUUUCGCCAAAGAAGCUUACAUGAUAUCACAAUACUCGGAAAAGGUCGAUGAGACUCUAAAGCUCGGACUCAGACAAGCUGUAUUGGUCGGGCUGUUCUUCGGAGGACUGAAUGCCGCUUUCACGUUAUCCGUCAUCGUCGUGGUUAGUUAUGGAGCGUACUUAACGAUAACUGGCUCCAUGACUGUCGGCUCCCUCACUUCGUUCAUUCUUUACAGCCUCACCGUUGGGUCGUCAAUAUCCUCGUUGUCGAGUCUGUACACAACGGCGAUGAAAGCUGCGGGAGCAAGCAGAAGGGUUUUCCAGCUCUUGGACCGAGCUUCUAGCAUGCCGAGCUCCGGGAAUAGAUGCCCUGUCGGUGAUCCUGAUGGAGAUGUGGAACUAGAUGAUGUCUGGUUUGCUUAUCCUUCUCGUCCCAGCCAUAUGAUUCUCAAGGGCAUAUCAUUGAAGCUGACACCGGGUUCUAAAGUUGCACUCGUCGGACCGAGCGGUGGUGGAAAAACGACGAUAGCCAACUUGAUCGAGAGGUUCUACGAUCCUAUGAAAGGGAAGAUUUUGCUGAACGGAGUAUCUCUGAUCGACAUUUCCCACGAAUAUCUUCACAAAAAGAUCAGCAUAGUGAGCCAAGAGCCGGUUCUUUUCAACUGUUCGGUGGAAGAGAACAUCGCUUACGGGCUCGAAGGAAAAGCCACUCUCUCCGAGAUCGAAAACGCAGCUAAAAUGGCAAAUGCACAUGAAUUCAUAGAAACUUUCCCGGAGAAGUAUAAGACCGUCGUAGGAGAACGAGGGUUACGGCUCUCGGGAGGGCAGAAGCAGAGGAUAGCGAUCGCCAGGGCGCUUCUUACGAACCCUAGAGUUCUGCUCUUGGAUGAAGCCACCAGCGCUCUCGACGCGGAAAGCGAGUAUCUUGUUCAGGACGCAAUGGAUUCGCUGAUGAGGGGCAGGACGGUGCUGGUGAUAGCGCACAGGCUGUCGACGGUGAAGAGUGCAGACUGUGUGGCCGUCAUCUCAGAUGGCCUCAUGGCCGAGAGAGGCACCCACGACGAGCUUCUCUCCUUCAACGGCAUCUACACUCAUCUCGUCAAGCGUCAGCUCCAGAGCUCACCCGACUUGUUGUAAUCAUAACAUAGCAUUUGUUCCUCUCUUUUUUUAUUCAGAGGCUCUAAUAAUCACUGAUUAAAAUAAUUUCGAAUGCAAUUUCAUGAACCUCAGUUUGUGUUUUUUUCA